AUGGCGACUGCCCGGGGCCUCCAGCCCACACCACCCCUGGACGAGGAUGAGAUCCUGAUUGUGAAGGUGGAGGAGGACUUCCACUGGGAAGAGGAGCCCUCCCCGAAGAUGGAAGACCCCAGCCCCGAGACCUUCCGCCAGCUCUUCCGGCUCUUCUGCUACCAGGAGGUGGCCGGCCCCCGGGAGGCCCUGAGCCGCCUCUGGGAGCUCUGCUGCCGCUGGCUGCGGCCCGAGCUGCGCACCAAGGAGCAGAUCCUGGAGCUGCUGGUGCUGGAGCAGUUCCUGACGGUGCUGCCCGGGGAGAUCCAGGCCCUGGUGCGGGAGCAGCAGCCGGAGAGCGGUGAGGAGGCCGUGGUCCUCGUGGAAGGGCUUCAGCGGGAGCCCAGGAAACAGAGGGGCCCAGAGGUACUCUCUGACCAUGCAGCGCCCCACCAGAUGGGGGAACAGUCUUCAAAAUGUCAGGCAGAGGUCCAGCCAAAGGAGUUGUCCCUGGAGGAAGGAGUUCGGGACUCCAGCCAGCAGCCCCCAGCCCAGCUAAGCCGCAGACAAAUAAGAAACCCUGAACUCUGGCCAAAGAGGGGCCCAGGCACCUCCCAGCACCAGGAGAUGGCAGCACCAGCCACAUCUUUCCUUGCAGCCUGGUCCCAGGUACCAGUGACCUUGGAGGACAUGGCCGUGUACCUGUCUCAGGAAGAGUGGGGGUGCCUGGACCCAGCUCAGCAGGACCAAAGUUGGGACAUGCUGCCAGAGAGUGAAGGCCUUAGAAUGCAGUUGAAGGAUGGAGAGGACACACAGAUGAGAACAGAAUGGGACCGAGUGCUGUCGGCUCGGUGCAGGGGUCCCAGCUCCUCAUUCCCAGGUCACAAGCCGGCUCCUGUCAGGGGAUUGACCAAAUCUGACCAACUUCUGGAAAGAGGGGGGCCCUGCAAGGUGGCAAAGCCAUACAUGUGCCCCGAAUGCGGCAAAGGCUUUAGCAAGACGUCCCACUUGACCAAGCACCAGCGCACGCACACCGGGGAGCGACCGUACCAGUGUCCCGUGUGUGGGAAGGGCUUCAGCGACCGCUCCAACUUCAGCACCCAUCAGCGGGUCCACACGGGCGAGAAGCCCUACCAGUGUGCUGAGUGUGGGAAGUGCUUCAGCCAGAGCUCCAGCCUGGUCAUCCACCGCCGGAUACACACUGGGGAGCGGCCUUAUGUGUGUGCCGAGUGUGGGAAACGCUUCAGCAACAGCUCACACUUCAGCGCCCACCGCAGGACUCACACAGGCGAGAAGCCCUACACAUGCCCAGCCUGUGGCCAGGGCUUCCGCCGGGGCACCGACCUCCACAAACACCAGAGGACCCACAAUGGGGAGAAAUAA